AUGGAGGCUAUCCGACAGCUUCAUGGAAGCAUCCUCCACAGCCUCUCUCUAGUGCAAAAAUCCACCGCGAAAUUGAUUGGAGAGCAGGAAGAACAACACCGGCGGCAGUUUCGCAUGCAGCUUCAGGAGGUGCUUGAAGCAUCCGUGCGAGCCACGCAGCAACAAAAACCCCCUGUGGAGAUCAGCACACUGCAUCGGAUCCUUCUCCGCGACGUCCAGACAGCGCAGCAAUUUGCAAAAGAUUCAGAUCAAAUGAAUCAGGCUCUGCAAAAAGAGAACAGGAAACUCAAGUUGGAGUUGAACUGCGAGAAGGAGCAUGCGGAGGCUCUAGCGAAAGAGCUCGUAUUGACGAGGAAAAAACUCGAAAAAGAACGAAACCGCGCUGCAUCGUCCCCGCCCUCGGUCGGCAAUGAGUGUCGAGGGCCUGGCCACGACUCAGAAUCAGGGAAAAAAUGCCGUGAGAGGCCGGACCGCAUACGCAUCAGCGACCUUCAGCAAAAUAAGAUGUUUGAGAGGGGAGUGCGCCUUCGUGAAGAGAACCAACGAUACCAGAGGAUAGUCGAGACCCAGAAGAAAGAGCUGCACCAACUCCGAGAAGCCCAAAACAAAGCUGUUAUUAUGAGAAACGAGCUCGUGGCAUUCCUUCAGCAAGCAAUAAACGACGUCGGUGCCAAAGUUGCUGGACUCCGAAGGCUGUCCACUGUUGAGCCACGGGGGAGUGCGCCCGGCAUUCACCAUGUGAGCGAGCUGACGAUGGCAGAUCGCGACGAAGUCCUGCGGAAACUGCUCUCGGAGCAAAAGGUCAUCAAGCUGCUCCACGACAUCGUGGCUACUCACGAACCCGCCGCCGCCGCCGCUCUGGACGUUUCGUGGCUAACUGACGAUCAGUCCUUUGCUGCAGGAAACCGAGGAUAA